AUGAAACAUAUCAGAUCUAUACGGACGCAAAAAUGCAGCAUUACUGUAAUACUGCAACAUAAUGGAAUGAUAGUGACGGGAACUUCGGAGGGUCGAAUUAACUUCUACGAUCUUCAGUUGAAGAUUCUUUAUUGGUGUGAUAAGUGCGGUCUGGAUUCUAUACGAUCGAUUAGUUUUGAUCUUCGAUCUACGUUGUUGGGUCCUGUAUCUACCAUCAGCACAUCUGACUUUGACUUUGAUGAAGAGGAGGAUCUAGAAUACGAGGGAGAGUUUGAAGAAAGCUCGGAAAAUAAAAGAAAAAGCACUAUUUGCGAUCUAAGAGGGGAAGAUGUAAAACAGAUAGAAAAGAAAAUAUUGCAACCCCAAGAUAAUGUUCCGUCCACGGUAACCAUAAACUUGGAAUACCCGUUGAGAGAUUGGGAUGAGAAAAGGGAACAAUUUGUGAAACCAUCCCACGUUCCCGUAGACGCAACUUUAGAGAAAGCACCGUUUUACGUCGACAAUUUUUUCAUCAUCACUGGAAACGUGAAUGGCUUGUUAUGUUUGCACAACUACGAGAAACGUAAGCUAAUUGUCCACAAGAGAACACCUCCUCUUCCAGACUUACGUUUGGUAUUAGAUGACCAAAUAAAAGAUGGUAAUAUCAUUUACGUCACCUGUGCUCAAAGCCCCGAUAGACAAUCUGCGAUUUCCGUGUUAAAAUAUUCACCGAUAGGCAAGCAUCUUAUCAUUCCUGGAUAUAUAAGAUUAUUCAGUGAUGAACUAGCAUGUGGCCUUGAUAAUGGAACACUUUGGUUACUGCAUCCUAUCACUCUGGAACCUCUUGAUGAAAUUCCUUACAAGCAUUCCACCGAAUCUAUUGUUAAAUUAACUUUCACAGAAUGUGCCGAGUACAUGGCUUAUUCAGAUAAUACAUUGGUAGUAGCAGUGUUUAAAAGAAACCAUGACUCAGGGUCUCAUCUGUGGAAUUUUAUUGGAAAGUAUCGUACACACUAUGCACCAAUAAGAGAUAUACUUUUUGGUCCACCUACUCCUACCAGCAUUGCACCCAGAUUAUUUUCCCUGGGAGAAGAUAAGAACCUAAUUGAAUAUGAUCUUAAAGAUAGUGGACCUUACCCUGAACCUGGUCUCAAGAUAAUUGAAAUUCACCAAAUAGAGUAUUCUGCAAUUCCUCUUAGCCUUUCCUGGUAUCCUGAAUUGGGAAUUGAAAGAUUUUUAAUGAUUUCUAACUCAGAAGUUCUACCUGGUACAGAAUUUCAAAAUAAAGGAUAUGUAAUAUUUGCAACUGACAAGGAAAUUGGUCUUCAAAUACUUCCUUUCGAUGGCAAUCCUUAUAAGAUGUUGGGAAUGAUAGGCCAUCCAUCUAAGAUCACUAACGUUUGUGUUAAUUGCGAUGGUAAUAUUUUGUUCACUUCUGGUUACAACGAACCAUGUGUAUUGAUGUGGAAAAUAAAACACAGAUCUGUUGAUGUACUGGCAAGCCUAGGAGGCCAAAGUCUUUCACCAUAUUAUUGUCUUAUCGAGGGAGGAAGAAAAGGUUGGCUUAUCAGUGAAAUGAAGGAUCUUUUCUAUUAUGCUCAAAUUUUACAUCAGGGUGAAAACACAACAGCCACUAGAAUUGUCUCUGAGAAAGUAGCUACCAAACAAAUACCAAACCUUAUGCGUGCUGUUGGAUAUUAUCCUAGUAACGAAGAAGUAACAAUUUGUAUUUUAAAUAACUUCUUUCUCUAA